AUCUCCGCACCCACUACUGAACUUGUCCCGAUCACGCAUUUAGACCCCACUCACUCUCGCAAUACCGCACGAUUUGCUUUGAGAGCGUUGCGUGAAUUGCAGUUAGCGUGUUCGAAUCGGUCCGAGCUCGAACUGUGUCAUACCGCCUUUACCCGAGCUCGUCUUGCACAUCUGUUGGAUGGGCCGGAAGAAUUAGUCACUGCCAUCGAUCCCGUUCCCAACACCCAAGCCCACGGAGGUACCCCUGGUCGUUUCAAUAGUCUUGGAUGCAAUACUCGUGGUACGUGUACAGUCAAAGUGAAUCCGCUCAUGACUCAUCUAACCCCGUCGAUCGGUCCCUUGGAGUUCACACAGGAAUUGCUAUUCGAACAGUCGUGGCCGAGAAUUUGGGCACACUGGACCACCAGGCGCCUUACUGAAUGCGAGCAAUGUGCACUGGGUGAAUUGAGCCUCGAUGUGAAACACCUAAACUCAUCUGUUUCCCGCUUUGAUGCAUCUCAUUCCUCGCGAAUAAACACGAACAAACUGACCACCAGUUUGGCCGCAAGUGGUGUUGGUGGAUCACCAUCCCAUUUUUCCUUUUUGCGAUGCGGUCGCAAAGCGUUUGUUCUUGACUACCUUCCUUCUCUGCGCACUUUGGCCUCCGGUGAAGCUACAAAGCAGGCCUUGGCCACCAAACGCCGGUUCUUUCACUAUUUCGAUCGAAUCAACUUGCAUCUGACCACAUCAACACGCCGGAUGCUAGAGAAACCGAUCUUUCCGAAUUGA